UUAUUUAUUCAGGUGAAUUGCUUGGACUUCACUGAUUGGAUGCCUCUUGUGUAGUAGUUGAUUUUUUAGGUUAACCAUAAGUUGUUUAUUAAAAUUGUAAUAAUUAACAUUAUAUAUUUCAGUUUCUAAUAAAAUAAUUAAUAUAAAUUAGCAAUCAUGUUACAAAGUGCGCUUGAUGAUUUGAAACGUAUGAAUAAACGUCAGUUUCUCUAUCAGGUAUUAAGUUUUGGAAUGAUAGUUUCCUCGGCUUUAAUGAUAUGGAAAGGUUUAAUGGUUGUGACUGGUAGCGAAAGUCCGAUUGUAGUUGUUUUGAGUGGUAGUAUGGAACCAGCGUUUCAUCGGGGAGAUCUUUUAUUCCUAACAAAUUACGAAGACGAACCUGUUCGUGUAGGUGAAAUUGUGGUGUUCAAGAUUGAAGGUCGUGAAAUUCCGAUAGUCCACAGAGUCCUCAAACUUCACGAAAAAAAUGAUAAAAAUAAGACAGUGAAAUUUUUAACCAAAGGUGAUAAUAAUUCAGUCGACGACAGAGGUCUUUACGCACCAGGUCAAUAUUGGCUGAGUCGUAAAGAUGUAGUUGGAAGAGCACGAGGAUUUCUUCCCUAUGUAGGAAUGGUUACAAUUUUCAUGAACGAAUAUCCAAAAUUGAAGUAUGCUAUAUUAGCAUUUCUUGGUCUUUACGUUUUAAUACAUAGAGAAUAAAAAAAGAUUUAUAAGAUUAAUUUUCUAAUUAGUGAAUAAAAACUCGCCCAAUCAUUUAUAUAUAUAUGUAUAUAUAUGCAUUUUUUUUUCUUAUAAAAUUAGAGUGUGAUCUCAUAAUGAAUGUAAAAACAAAAGCAAGAUGAAAAUAUUUGUUAAUUUCUUUUUUUUUAAUUCAUACAUCAGUUUUUUUGUUUAAUAUCAAAAAUGUAAUGUAAUCCAAAUUCUUGUAUUCGUAUAUUGUUCUUAAAUCACUCAGUAAAAAAUUUUCAUAUAAACAUUCCUUCUAAGUGAUUUAAAGACAAAUUUUUCACAAGACGAUUUAAAUGUUUGUUUCUUUUUCGCAAUUUAUUUAUUAUUCAAAAUUUGGUGAAUAAAUCUCCUCUUGUAUUAUAAUUAAUCCUUGAAAAUGUUAAAAUAAAAUCAUGAUUUAUAUUUUAAAA